CACGCCUUCAAUGACGCAUUUACUCGAGUCAGCUGAUCAAAAAGGGGAUAUCUUUGGCAUUCUGUAUUUCAGCCAAUCUGAUGCCUAUUUCUAAUAGAGGUAUAUUGACUGAGAGGCAAACUCAAGAGGAUUCAUUUAAACGUUUUCUGGACGUUCUGGGCCUACGUGGCCAAAAAAUAUUCCCGAUCAAAGGGAACACCAUGAAUUUAGGAUGUUUGUACCUCGUCGUCAAUUAUGGCAGUGGAAGACCAAAAAACAAAAUAAAUCGUUGUAAAAGAGAGAUGGAUUCUGAUAAACUUGCAGUACUGGUUUCCAUGGGCUUUGAUAUUGACUUAUGCGAAGCAAUAUUACAAAUUGAAAACCUAACAAUAGAAGAAGCUGUUCAAAGGUUAUUGGAAGCGCAACAGAGGAAUUCAGCCAAAGAAGAAUCCUCUCAAACUUCAACUUACACUUCAACAACCAGUCACAUAGAAACAGUUGAGCACGAGAAACAGACUGAUGCUGAUGAUGCAGUUGUUAGUAGGAUGGCCUUGAGCGAAAGGCAAAGAGAACUUAAAGAGGAAUUUGAGAGAAAAGAGCGGGAAGAGGUCCAAUCUGCUGUAAGGAAACGAAAACUCCAAGACAAGAAUGCAAAACAGAACAUUCUACAAGAGAUCGAGGCAAACAAAAGACGCAUAAGACAUCUUAGAUCCGAUGAAACUGCGAGGAAGGAAGAGGACAAGUCAGACGUCACAAAUGCUGUCAAGCAAUCAAAAGAGGGCGUAGAUAGUAACGCAAAGCUAUGCAGAAUCCAGAUAAGACUGCCUUCUGGUCGAAGCCUAGUGCAUCAAUUUCCGGAAGUUUCUCUUUUAUCCGAUGUGAUGGAUUUUGCGAAAGAAAAUGUUGGUGAUUUCCAGGAACUGACAAAUUCAUUGCUGAUCCGACCUUUUCCACGAAGAGAAUAUUCAAAUGGGGAUCUUAGUUCUACAUUGUUGUCAUUGGGGCUGUGUCCAAAUGCCUCUUUGGUUUUGAUGCUCCAAAGACACACAGCUCAAAGUGGGGUUUGCAAUGUCGCCCCUGCCUCAACUGUAUCGAGUAGAAUGUACGAUGGAGGGGCGACAAACAACAUUCAUUCGGUCCAUCUCACUCCCCAUGUUUUGCACCACGAAUGGGGUGCCGGGGCAUGUCUUACAUCUAAUCCUUCAUUAGAUUCAGAAGGGCACAGCUCUGAUGGGCCUAAUGAGAACGAAGAAAGAAGGACCAAUAUUCAGCAAAGUGCUGUACUUCGGGCGCUUAUAGAUGCCAGUGAAAAUACUACUGAGAGGUCAGUUGCAGAAACCGUAUCCACUGCAAGACAACGCGAUAUUGAAGAACCGAAGCAAAGAAAUAUUGCUGUUGUCGAAGCUGUUGAAAGGCGCCGUGCUCUGCAGAUUUCUUCUGGAGAAGCUGAUACCAAGACAGGAAACUUAAACCUCGAACGAAACAUUCAAUCUUUGAUUCAACUGUGUGCUGACUGUAUUGCAAAAAGCCUCGCCUCCCAACAAGGUGCAAUUUUGUCACAUAUCGGAAGAACCUUGUCACAUCAAGCUGCUGCGCAGGUGAUCAGUGCUUUGAAGGCCAGGAAGUUGCUUACCGGAAAGCUUCUUCAACUCUUUCACCCAUGUAAAUUGCUGAACCUUGAUUUAGACCGUUACGCCCUAACAUCAAAUGAGAUUCUUGAGGCUGCUAGGCUACAUACUACACUAGUCUCUCUUCAUCUUUCACAAUGUUCUCUUCUCACUGAUUCUGGUGUUAUUACAGCUGUCAAGGGUUUAAAGCACUUGCAAAUAAUUGAUCUCUGUGGAUGCGUUCAGAUAACUGACAGAGCCUUGCACGACAUAAAAGAUCUGACACAGCUUAAGUCGCUGAAGCUCGAUAACACCAAGAUAAAAGAUGAUGGACUCCGUGAUUUCCUUUUUGGUGGAGACAGGAGAAAUUUACUUGAAUUCAGUGCCAACGCUACGAAUGUAUCAGAAAAAGCAUUUAAUGUAGACGACAAAGGUAAAGUUUUCAACGUGACAACCCUGCAUUUGGACCGUACAAUGGUUUCAUCAAUGGAAUUUGUAACACUGUUUCCAUCGCUACGCAAUUUAAGCUUGUCAGGAACACCUCUGGUUGAAAAUACAUUUCAUGGUGUUAGUUGCUUAAGAAACCUCGAAGAGCUGAACUUGUCUCAUACCACGAUUACAGAUCAUUCGUUACAGCAUGUCUCUGGUUUGACUCUGAAGUGCCUUGGCCUUCCUGAUCGAUUGCAUAUCACGGAUGCAGCAUUGCAGUAUCUUGAAGGCUUGCCGCUGCGAAGCCUGGACCUUGUUGACUAUAUUCACGUCACAGAUGCUGGUUUAGCCUCAGUUGGCAGAAUAACAAGCUUAACAUCGCUGAGUUUGGCAAAUACAAAAGUGACAAACGAUGGUAUUCGUCAUGUUAAAAGUCUAGUAAAUUUGCAAGAACUUGACCUUGCGAGAACUCACAUUGGAGACGAGGCCAUCAGAAUGAUCAAAGGCCUAAAAUCGCUGCGCACUCUCAGUCUAACAGCUACUAGAAUAACGAACGAAAUUUUCAAGGAUGGUACAAUAAACUCGUUUGAGAACCUUCAAAAGCUGAACAUCAGUCGAAAUAAGAUAUCAGAUGCAGGCAUUUGCCAUUUGAGUUUGAUGUUUCUUGAGCUCAUCAAUGCUGAUCAGACAUACAUCAGUUUGUUAUCAGCUACCUCCCUUCCAGGUUGUCCGAAUUUGAGAGCUUUACGUGCACAAAACUGUAGGCCGCCUUCCGAACUCGAAGCACAAGAUGGAAAUUAACAUACAUUGCAGCAUCUUCACGUUUUUGCAACGUUUAUUUCUACACCGAUAUUCCAAACGCAUUCAUGUUGAGAAAUCCUUUAUGGUACAUUCUAUUUAUCUAUUAAUAGAAAAUUAAAUGCAACUUUUUUCUUAUCUUUCUAAUCUACUCGUGGAAUCUGGCUAGAAUGACCCAACUUUUAUGUAAAUAUUUUUCUUUUGGUUUUAGUGCAUCACAUCAACUAAUAAGAAAAUUUAUGAUUUCUUAAUCGCUUCUCUGCAACUUCAAUGUAGUUUCGGGAAGGAAACAUACACUUCUAAGUUCCUUGCCUCGAAUUGCCACUUUACAACUAAUUUUUAUACAAGAAUGUACGCUGGAUGCUCAAUUUUUCCUUAGCCUUAAGUGCCUUCCCUUUACCCUGUUUAGCGAUUGCAAAUUGGACCUUGAACCCCUGUUGAUAGCACAUCACGGGGGAGCAUAGCGUCCAAAUCGUUGAUUGGCUAAGGGCCUGUUUAUAUGAGCAGUUUUAUCCCAUCUCUCAGCCAAUAAUCUGACAGAUGGGAUGAAAACAUUGAAUGUUUACAAGCAGAUUCUAUCCCACCUUCCAGCUGUAUAUGGAAGAAAUCAUCCCCUCCUUCCAGCUUGUAUUCUGACAAGUGGGACGAAAUUUGAUCGCGUUUAUAUGAACAUCUCAUCCCAUCUUCCAGCUUCAUCCCACCUUCCAGCAUUCCACCUUCCAUAUUGAAAAAAAUCAUCCCACAUCAGUGAGAUCCCACCUCUCAUUCAGUGGUUUCUCACUUAACCGGGCUGACUUGUUUUCCUCAUAAACACAAGACGAAAAACACAAUGUAUUCUAUAAAAGAGUGGGAUCUCACCGUUCAGCUCACAAGCUGGAAGGUGGGAUGAUUUUCUACAUUGCGCGUUAUUCUACAUUUACAGAAACAUUGCACGCCUCUACAAAGCAAAUUUCUGCUCGACUUUUUGUCCAGUUUAUCUUUGUACCUAUAUUGAACCUACAUUGGCUCCGCUAUGCGACCGCCAUAAAAUGCCCAAACGUUGGCGCAUUGUAUGCCAAAAUGGUUAACGAACAUGAAAGCCGAAAUUUGGCUGUCUCGAUAACAUUCAAUUGUUAAAUUUUUCGAGCAAGGAUUGAAGAGUGGGGAAAAUUUUGAGGAUGCACUUUAAAACGUGCCAAAUACGUUAUUCUGGUGUACAUGUCCAGUUGUACAGUUGUCGUCCCAUAGGAGAAGUUAGUCCAGUUUUAUAUCCACUAGAUGUCACAAAUAAAAUAUUUCCUGUAUGUUCACCACGAUUAAACGUGUUAUUAUUAAACAUAAAGACGAUGAUUAAAGUGGGCCUGCGUCUGCCAACCCAGAAAAGUCUGCAGUGGCAAUAAUGGACCAUAACAUAUAUCCUCAUACGCUCGAGAAAAUGCAGUGAUAAAUUUCCAUUUAUUUUUCAAGUAUCUUUAAGAGAUGGUUUUCCAGAUAAAAAAGUAUCUGAUAAACCUAAGUCUUGGAAAGCACCAUUUAUCUUUGAAAUAGCGAGCACAGUCCAGGCACAUCAUUUAGUACUGUUGUACACAUCGAAAAAACAUCACGUUAUGAAGAAUAAUGCAAGGCUGAUUCUUUUGCAAAUCAAGACCAAAUUAUCAAAGUCUGACCACGCCCUAGACAGUUAGAUUCUAGCAGACACUUCUCAAGACUACUCUCCUCUCUAAUAAUUUCGGCGGAAAAUUUUCUUUUGUUUCAAGAAACUCCGUUUAUCGUUAUGACAGGGAUGAACAUAAUCAAUAUCCAAAUAUUACUUUUUUGGUAUGUUUAACUGGAUUUAAUUUUUUGAUAAUGUCAGACUUGUGUGAUGUUAUACACAAAUAUUAAAUAAUUUUGAUCCAGGGACAAAGAUAGCGAUGAACUUAUCAAGCGAUGAAGAAAGGUACUGACAAUUGUUUUACUUUGAGAUGUCACCGCAUAAUUCUAAGCUUUUUUGGCCAUCUUUCAGACACAAUCAUCUAAAGGCUUUUAAUCGAUCAGCUGCAACACAGCUAAAUGUUUUUCAAGAAUAUCUUCACUCACUUUAUCACAGAAUUUUACAUGAGACGUAUCAGAUAGUAUGCUGAAAGCAAAUUGAAACGGCCUGUCUGAGAUCUGAAGGACGUUGCUAUUCAUACCAAAAAAGGAUGCAUUAAAAGUUCUCAUAUUGUCAAAUUUGCAGGUACUACAUCAAAUCUAAAAGAUAAAGGCUCUUAACAUCAACAAUAGAAGAGUUAAAAAGGAUCAAUCAGAAGAUCUUUCGACGGAUUAACUUAAUUUUUUGAGACCCUAGACUAAGAUAGCUCGAAUUUGAUUUUAUCACUGAAAAUCUAGCGAAAGUUUUACAAAAAAUGACGGAUACUCUCGGUAUAAAAACGUCAGCCUAAAAUUCCACCUUAAAAUUGAUUUCAUCCCACUUAAUGGAGAAGAGCCGCCGCAUUGCAAAACCGCAAUUCGAUGUGACCACUCGAAAAAAGGGCGCAGAAAGACUAAAAAACUUGGACUUGAUGCAUUCCUAGAUAUCCAAAUAAAAAUAUAUACCGAUAUAAAAAGAUAUCCAAAAAGAGAAAUGACGUCACAAUUAUUCUCUAAGAGUUUUGCUCGAAACGUUGUACCAAAUAUUCAUUUCCUGUACAAAGUCGUUAUUUUAUAAUGACAAGAGUACACAAAAAUGAUGCAUUCCUAGCCAUUCUAGCCUGCGUGCAGACUCGGAAAUUUAAAAGAGGAGCAUUAUUUUCCGCAUAUUUUCAAUUUUGUCAACAGAGUCUGCACGCAGGCUAAGCCAUUCUGGAAGGCUCAAUUUCUAAAAUUUUCUUCCGCGUCUCACCCAACCACGAUGAGUCUUCCUAUAUGUCACUAAACUUGAAUCUUAGCACCCCCCCCCCACCCCCCACCCCACCCUACAGCUUCAAUUUCAUGGUGCUGUAUCUGAAAUUGCGAUUUUACGGAUAAAUGGUGUAUGGAUAACUGGGACUAAAUCCGGGAUUUUUGAAAGAAUAUUCGAUAACUCGUUUUGACUAUACAUGAUAUCGAGGUUAUUUUCCCCUGGCGGCCUAGUUCGAUUUCAGCAAUUUCAGUGUUACGGAAAUCUUGGGAUUGUUAAUCAACUACUUAUUCAUCAGACAUAGCUGUGGGCGAGAUGGCUGGAGGUUUAUCAACAUUGGCUACAUAUGGACAGAGGACCGUUACGUUUCUUUUAUUUGGUGCAACCUGUUACUAUGGAACAUCGUUUAUUCACAGCAGCUACAUAUUACGUAAGAAACGAAAAGAGAGAGAACUGCAGCAUUUGGAUGGUAGUAAAAAUAAAGAAAUAAAUGAAAAAUGAAAGAUAUGUCUCACAAGAAUCACAUUUUUGAAGAUGUACAUAUACUGUCCCUGAGAGUGUUUGUACCAUGUACUGUGCGCCAGAUUCAGAGUGGAUUGAACAUGGACACAUUGCUACCCUUCAAUGUGUUGUCAUGUACAGGGGCUGGUUACAAAAUAUUUGCAUGUUGACAGUGAAUACCUUCCAGCAAUUAAUUGAUCAAGUACCUUCAAAAUAUUGUUUAUAUAAUUUCAGUUCAAAUUGUGUAGCUUUAUUUCAUUGUUUUGAGUAUGUUUAGUUAAUGGAGAAAUUCUGUGAAAGGCAUGAUAUAUUGAAAAAGUGCAGCCUGUCUACUCCUGAUAAAUAGGAAUGGGAUUUCAGUUUGAUGCUGAAAUCUUGUGCUAUUAGAAAUGGUUUGAACAAAAAUAUUAAACAUGUUUACCAUGGAAAUGAAUUGUUUCUACGUAAGAAGUUUCUAAUGUUGAUAUUCUUGUGAAAGUCACAUUCAAAUUUAUUUCACAUUACCAGUCCAAAGUACAUUCAUGAAAGGGUUUUCUGCUUAGUUAAAAUAAAGUAGAUUUAACAAAAAUAGAAGUUAGAUAUUUCGAUUUAAAAAUGGUCAUUUGUAGUCAUACUCAGAUAAUAAUGUUCUUUUGACUUAUGGAAGUUAAAUUAGAUCUGUUGCUUUUUUUAAAUCAAAUGAUAGUACCAAAGCAAUUUUAUCAAAUAACAAAGGUAUUUUUGGUUUGGAUGAUUUUUACAUAAAGUUUUAGUCAGUGUGACAGUAGAUUCAGUUUGCUAAACAGAAUUAGAAACUACUUGUUUAUUUUUUAUGUUUAUCAAACCUGCUCAUUUUCAACUAGACACAAUUUUUCUUUAUAUUACCAAAUCAUAAACGAUGUUUAGUGGAAUUAACAAUUAACACUGUAAUUAGGUUAAUCAAGCAAAGAUGAUUCUUUUGAAUUUGGUACCCCAUCAAAAGUGGUUGUCAUUGGAGAAUCUUUCAAAAUCUGUCUUUAUCCAUAAAGAACAAUCCUAACAAACAUCUUCAUAUAGUCAGAUACAUUAAAAUUUUUGAUAUAUUAUUUUUGACAUUGUAGCCUCCUAAAACAGGAUUUAUUCAACUGUUUUGGAAUAAACAAACUCAUGUCAGACCUAAUUUAAUGACAAUCUUUCUUUGUGUAAAGGCAAAUAAAGUAGUUAGUUGAUUGCAAAACAAACCUUUCGAAAAGAUUGUACUCAAUAGGAAAGAGAUUAUAUGCUAUCUCAAAAUGACUGCUUAUAACAUACUGCAAAUUUUACUUCAAAUGAAAUUUUGAUAUCACAAACUAAUCCCUCUCAUAAUCGAUUUACACUAAUCUUUUUUACAAGAAACUGUUUGUAAGAAACUGAGCCCUAACAUGACCAAACAACAAAGACACAAUUGUUCUGAUCACCCUAAACCUUAAGAAACUGCUUGAAAUCCUUCUUUUAAAGAUUGGGUGGAAGUAAUUCUUUUCUAAGAUUAGGAACCUAUAUCCUGUUUAAUUGACAUAAGAGAAGCUCCUUGUGA